AUGGCCCAGGCUACACAGAUGAAUGUCCCCGAAAUCAACACUCCGAUAGCAGUAGAACACGAUAAAAAGAAGCGACAGUUUACCAUACGACUAAAUGGUAAUGUAACGUUAGCUACGCGAAAUCGCACGUGUUUUCCCUUUUAACAACUGUUUACCAAAGAGUGUGGUUAAGCUAGCUUGCUAACCAACCUUUUCAUAAUCUUUUGAGCUAGCUUACCUCAUUGCAGUCGAACUGUAACUUAGCUAGAAAAGGAGUGUAUUUUUUCCUAAUGGUCGUCGUUAGUAAACAAACGGACAAAAAGCUACUAGCUAGAACUCAAGUGGCAUAGCCAAAGAUUUUUAGAACUAAACCAAGAUAGACCACAACCCUUGGUUUCCAAUGGAACAAAUGAGCCAUAGUGGGCAGAACACGCAAGGAGGGGGGCAGUGCUAAGCGCGAGCUAGCGAGUUCCUCUCAUCUGCAUAUUUCCGUUAGGUAACGCGUACUCUGAACUGCGCUUGUGCAAUAACUCAAUUCGCAUUUGCACUCCUCCUAAACAACGCGAUUUUUAAAAACUUUUGCAAAUGGUAAAGUCUACGAUGUUCACAACAUAUUCUAGUUUUGGGAACAGAACUGUAUUGAGAUCAAAUGUUUCAUCGAUGAGAAAAUUUGCAGAAUGUCGGCCAAAAUCCAUCUCGUUCCAUCUUCUCCCACUGCUCGCCAGUGGGAUUCCUCUCACUACCAUAUUUGGUAGUGAGCGGAAAUGCCAAGCCGAUUCUUCACAUUUAUAAAUCCAGUGAAAUAUCUGUCUCAUUGUUCUAUCUGUGGCAUAGCGUUAGCCAACGACGCUAAUUGUUAGCUUCCUGGCAGUGAGUGGUUGAAUUGAAUGCUGUUGCUGUCACGCAUCAAAAAUGUUGUCGUUCAUCUCAGUUAGUGUUUGCUAUUUUAUGUGCAUGCACAUUCGCAAAAACAAAUACUGAUGAUUUGAGAGAAUCUGCUUAACUUUCUCUAAAAACCCAAUUCCUCAUUUAUCUGCCAGCACUCCUAUCUUUGAUAGAUCUUUCAUUGAGGUCUGAUGGAGACUCAGACUGAUGUGUACAUACCUUUUAAUAGUCAGGCAUGGAGUAGCCCUAUAGCGGACACAACUCCAUAUUAUGCAUGAGUCAUGACAACUUAUUUAGCCUACAAAUAAUAUCUGUGUGUUUACAUUAUCUUUUUAAAGUUUAUAUUCUGUAACAUUGCACCCUUCUAAAUUGGUCCCAGGCUCUCAUGACCGUGCGGUCCUCUUGUACGAGUAUGUUGGGAAGAAGACUGUGGACCUGCAGCAUACGGAGGUUCCAGAUGCCUACAGAGGGAGAGGCAUUGCCAAGCACCUGGCCAAGGUUCGACUGUCUGACAAUAUGGAAUGGAACAAUGGCCCGAUGCCAAAAUAGACACUACACCCUCACUCCUAUUAUAUCUCUAGAUCUUAUUGACAACCCCUUCCAGAUCUGAAAGUCCUGGAUAGGUGUAAGCAAUAUUACAGAAAGUUGUGGGCCUUGUUGCUUAGGGCUUACACUUAUCUGGGCCUUUCAGAUAAGUGAUGGGAGUCCAUAGGUCUCAGUAGUUUAGUUAGGCAUUUGAGCCCAUGGCCUUGUCCAGAAACAACCUCUAAUGUUACCCAUCAUUUACAAUAUCACAACAAUUCUGCAGGAGGACCUUGCAAUCUGGAGCUGCUCAGCUCACUCUGUGUAUGGGGAGAUAAGUCUUUGUACAUCUUUAACCCAGUAAGAGAUAGUAAAUCAUUUCCUAAGCUGGCAGCUGAUAAACUGCUUUCAUGGGACAGUUUGGACUCUCUUCCUGUCUUGUUCUCUUUAUAACAGCUGCCUGGCAAUAUGAACGUUGAUUGUAAUUCUGGAAAUCCAAGCGUCGGCCUGUUUAUUUAGUCUAGGCAGAGCUUUGCCAGAUGAGCUGAGCUCAGAGCACGCUGGUGGGUAAUAUCAAGGGAGUGGUUAUGGUAGAGCUAAGAGGAAGAAGAAAAUGAUCUGAUCUGUGUAGACCGGAACGUUACUGUUUUAAAAUCUUUAAAUCAAAUAAAAUAUAAUACAGCAAGUGUCUCACCUUUCAUCUGCAGUCCCUGGUUAAUGCAUGUAUUAAAAUAAAACCAGAAUGACAAAGACAAUUACUUUGUGAACUCAAGCUACAAAACAACACCUUCAUUAAAUGGCAAUAUUCUGUUGCUUGCAGGCGGCCAUGGAUUUUGUGGUGGAAGAGGAUCUGAAGGCUCACCUGACCUGCUGGUACAUCCAGAAAUACGUCAAAGAGAAUCCCCAACCUCAAUACCUGGAGCACAUCCACCCCAUGUGACCCCAUGACGGAGAGGGAGAGAGACUGCAGUAGAAAGCAUGGCCUCAUGCUUUCGGUUUGGAGGACUUUGUGCUCUGUUUUGGGUGGGGGGUGGUAAGGGAGAGACGGGAAGGGGGCAACCAUACUAGAGCUCUCCCUAUCUCUACGGACAUAAAGACUCCCUGUUGGAGAGCAGUGGUAGAGGAACUGUCUGAGUGCCAUUGUCAUUACUCGCGGCCUGUCCUCCAUGGGCAUGGAUGCCACUGUAUGUCAUUGUGUUUGUUUGUGUGUGUGUGUGAAAACCAAGGAAUGUUGCAGAGACUUGCUGCCCCCAAGGCUGUCUUAUUAUCUACACAGUGGCAAGACUAUACAGGAUUCCUGUUUUUUGUACUGUAAGAGGCAAUGUCUCCAUCACGCUUCGGCCGUAUUGCUUUCACCUAUUCUGUCUUGGCUGAUCCUUGAAGAGGAGUGAACAAGGGCAGGGGGAAGGGAACAGCUUUCUGGAGUGGAAUACAACCCUGAUCAUUCGGGUCAGGUCUUUAGUUUCUAUGUUUGUCCUCUCGUCAAAACCAGCAAGACAAAAAACAGCUGUUCAUCAGGACCUUGAUUAGCUGAAUCAGGUGUGUUAGAGCAGGGUUGGCGCAAUAGUGUGCACAUCCAAUAGCUCUCCAGGAGGAGGGUGGCGGGUUGGCCACACCUGGUAGACUUUAGACUAUCAUCAACAUGUAUCCCCCUACAUGUGUUCAGCCUGUCGUGGGCUAGUGAGGCGCUUCCCUCUAUUCCUGCUGCCCAAGACCACUCCUCAGUAGGCCUACCUUUCACCUUAAAUGUUACUGUACAGAAAUCUGCUGUGCUAUCUGACAUGAGACAUUGCCAUAGAACCUUCAUCGACAGUGGGGGUGAUCUUCUACUGUCUGUAAAAGCACUAAUUCAGGGCUGUUUUACUACACUUCAAAUCUUGUGCAACAUUUUCUCUAUACAGUUUAAGCAUGGCUUAAGAAAACAGAAAACAAAAGUCAAAUAUCAAGUGACAGGUUUUACCCUUUAUUUUUUAUUAGCUGAGUAUCUUAAACUGCAGUAGGGAUUCUCUCUGGCUUUGACCUAGGUGAGAUGUACUAUUUGGUAGGUGACUGAAUGCAUACUAGUCAGGUAGGCAGUAAAACUGAUGACACUGAGUCUUCAGGGGAUGGUUCUGUAGGCCUACUGUCUGACAGAGAUGGGUAUAAAGUCUGCAGACUGUCAGAUUCUUUUCCAUGUCUCUAUCUUGUUUUAAAUGAAAUAGUACCAUAUUUGACUAAUUGACUAGCUAACAAUUGAAACGUUGAUUUACAAUCAUUUAGAAGUGCCUUAUACACUUAAAGUAAAUUACCAAGGUAAUAACAUUUUAAAGGUGCACUUUAUGCAAUCAAUCUAUUUGAGAGGGAGGCGGGGAGCGGGCUAAUGGAUUGCACGUUACUUUGGUUGGCACUGGCUUGUUACAGGGUUACAACAGACUUCCCAGUGUAGAGUUCUACACCGUGCGUGCGAUAAGGCCAGGGAUCAACUCACUAGAGAAGGUUGGAUAAGACAGGACACAAUAUGGGUGAGUAUAGCAACCUGAGGCAAGUAAAUAUCACCCCCACUUUAGUGUGCACCCCCACUUUAGUGUGACAGUCAGUUGCAUUGACGCGUGAGCGUAGCCCAUAAGGGCAAAUAGCAAGUGGAACAAUUUACCUGCUGCGCAAUCUGGCUAUAUAAUGGUUUGUUCUACUCUUCAGUCCCAUAGUGUUGUCCUUGCUUGCGAUUGGUCAUCUUCCAACUGUUACAAAACAUAAACAUGAUUUGUGUAGGCAGCAUUUUCCGCAUUUGUGUUGAGCACAGUUUGGAUUACAGUUUACGUCAAUAAAAGGUACUAGUGUGGUAAAUUAAACUGACCUCUACAUUUACAUGCUAUAAAUAAUAUGAGUGGUACAUCCUACGUGCAUUAAAUUAAUUAUGGGAAAUGUAGUACGACAAAGUACAUUAAGUUGUCCUCGCAGUGUAUUGCAAGUAUAGCAUACACACUACACAUCCUAGCUUGCACUGCGUCGACAGCAGUCGUGUGUUGGUUCUCCAAGAUGGCGUCGUUGGGAAGGAGGCGCGGUGUCCCAGUCAACAGGGAGAGGUCAGUUAGACGCAAUCAUUGCCAUAUUACGACUCUUUUUGUGUACAAGGUCUAUUUUAUCAUACGCCACACAUUCACAAUUCCAACAUAUGGCUUUUAAAAGCUUAAUGCAGCUGUCACUUUCCCGAAUUCCUUCCUCCAUAACUGCUCAUGUGAUGUUUUGUUUAGCAUGUUUGCUAACUUCGCUAGCCUGUUCAUCAAAGCUUCAAAAUCAAGUUCUGGAUAGGUUAGCCAUCCAACUAAAAUAGUGUGAAAAACAUGCCGUAACGUUACAAAGUAGAUGUACAAGCACAUAUGAAAUAUAUCGGUCGUAUAACACAAUAUUAACGUUUUACUCGCCGCUUGCAAUUUACGGACUUGUUUAUUUUCGGAGCAGCUAGCUUCCAAACAGUGGUGGAGCUAACCAAUGUAUGACCUGACGUUAUGCAAAGCUGCGUCCAAUACAGCACAGCAGCAGCUCCCAUGUUAUACGUAGCUAAUAUACAUGUUACUGGAAUUGUUGAAACAGUUGUGAAUGAUCAACAUGCUCGCUAACCCAGAGUUUUGUUUACGUUAGCUAGCUAACAGUAGUUAGCUACUUGACGGGUGCGUUCGUAAAUUCGCUCUGGAGUGUCUGACUCAGAGUGCGCUCAGCCAGGGUGAAUUUACUAACGCAGCCUUAUUUAGCUAGCGGUGUUAACCUUGUUAGGGAGCUAGCUAGCACUCUUGCGCGGGGUAUAAUGUUUGCAAAGUGAGGGAUUCGAGUUUUACACGUGUGAGUUAUUUCCACUUGAUAUAGCUAAAUUUGUUUUCUCCCGCAUAUUGUUUAUAUUGUCCAUAGCCAAUUAACGUUAUCACCAUAGCUUAUUACUAACAGGCAACUUGACAGUGACUGACGACUAGUUAGUGAACUCUGAGAAUUCUAAAUGCGAGAAAAUACCCUACUUCCCCUUUGAUUCAACAGCUCUUAUUUAUGUCAAACAUGCACAGGCAACAUGUCAAAGUUCCACAAAAGUGUCUUGUUUUGACCAUACAGUGUGCUGAAAAAACAGGUGUUGUGCACUAAUCUGAUAUCAAGGUCAUGGACUAUAUGUCAAUUAAAAAAGUUGUUCCCCUUAUUUCUUAGCAAGUGGUAAUCAUCUGUACAUCAUUGUUAAAGAAACUGGUGCAACCAUUUGCCUUGGGCCCGACGCUGCACAAUUGCUAUGAAGCUUGGGAAAUAAUUGGGAAUUUAAUAUUGUGAUUCUCUUCCAUUUCCAUCUACUUACUAUUUCUGAUCCCCACCCAAUCCCCUCUCUCCCUCUUUAUCUCCCCUCUCUGUGCACAGGGGAGUGAUGGCGGCAACGGACUGCUACAUCGUUCACGAGAUCUACAACGGGGAGAAUGCACAGGACCAGUUUGAGUACGAGCUGGAGCAGGCGCUGGAGGCCCAGUACAAGUACAUUGUGAUCGAGCCCACGCGCAUUGGCGACGAGACGGCCCGCUGGAUCGCCGUGGGCAACUGCCUGCACAAGACGGCCGUGCUGUCGGGCACCGCCUGCCUCCUGACGCCGCUCUCGCUGCCGCCCGAGUACUCUCGCUAUGUGGCACUGCCCGCUGGCGCCCUCAGCGUGGCUUGCUCCGCCCUUUACGGAAUCUCCUGGCAGUUUGAUCCCUGCUGCAAGUACCAGGUGGAGUACGACAGCCAAAAACUUUCACGGCUGCCCCUGCACACACUCACCUCCUCCACGCCAGUGGUGCUGGUGCGCAGGGACGACAUCCACAGAAAGAGACUCCACAACACGAUAGCGCUGGCCGCCCUGGCCUACUGCGCCAAGAAGAUCUACGAACUCUAUGCUGUAUGA